GUUAAUGCUGGUCCGUUAGCAUACGCAAGAGCUUUCUUAGAUGACACAAACACCAAAAGAUAUCCAGACAAUAAAGUAAAGCUGCUAAAGGAAGUUUUUAGGCAAUUUGUUGAAGCUUGUGGGCACGCUCUGGGUGUAAAUGAACGACUUAUUAAGGAAGAUCAGCUGGAAUAUCAAGAAGAAAUGAAGGCCAACUACCGAGAAAUGGCAAAAGAGCUUUCUGAAAUAAUGCAUGAGCAAAUUACUCCGGUCGAAGAAAAGGCCAGCGUUAUGCCUAACUCGCUACACAUUUUCAACGCCAUAAGUGGAACUCCAACAAGCACAACGGUUCAUGGGAUGCCCAGCUCUUCUUCAGUUGCAUGAUUGUUUUGUAAAAGGAAAGUAUGUUGGUUUGGGUUGGCUUGGUUUUGGUUUUGGGUUUGUUUUUUUUUUUUUAAGUAUGUGAAUUUGCUUCAUUGUGUGCAAACUCAGGACGAUUUUGAAGCUAAAUGUAGGGCACAUGCAAGCUGCAUAAUUC